AACCGCACGGUGCCGCUCGUAGGAGCAAGUCGUGGCAAAUUGCGAGUUAUGACAGCGACCGUUUCCGGCCUUCCGCGAAUGUAGUUUCUGAAAAAGAUCGAACGAUUUGUAGCCGCGGUCUCCCGCGCGCCUUUCGUGAGUUUCUAGUCGAAAUUGGUCUCGGUGGAGCGGCCUUCAAAGCCGGCAAGAGGACGCCACCAUGGGUCUGUGCAAGUGCCCCAGAAAGAAAGUGACCAACCAGUUUUGCUACGAACACCGGGUGAAUGUGUGUGAACACUGCAUGGUAGCCCAGCACCCUACGUGCAUAGUCCAAAGCUACCUCCAGUGGCUCCAAGACAGUGAUUACGACCCCGUAUGCCAGAUCUGCCGCAAGGAGCUCGCCAACGGUACCUGCACCCGCCUACUGUGCUAUCAUGUAUUCCACUGGGCCUGCUUGGACGACCACUGCAAGCGGAUGCCUAAGACAACUGCGCCGGCUGGCUACGGCUGUCCUUCGUGUGGCUCGGCUAUCGUCCCAGCCAUCAACAUUGAGUCCCCAGUUGCAGACGCCCUGAACAUGCUGCUCAAGUCCGCAUCCUGGGCAAACGCCGGUCCUUCCAUACCAGAGAUCACACAGCAGAAACAGCCUUCCGGACCACAGGGUGACUUGCGUCAGGCCAAUGCGAGUCCGGUCAACUCGUUAGCCCAAUCUGCGCCUCCACCGUGGCGUGCGCAAAGCAGUGCACCCAACACCGCUUCGCCCUUGCAUACGGCGAUCGCUCCUGAAAACAGCGUCAACUAUGGCACUGCCACCAACAGCCACCUGACGUCGUCGCGGAAGGUAUUCACCGCGACCCAGGCCAACUUCGUCACAUCUGCACCGGACUAUGACGAGGACAAGUAUAAACGACGAUCCGGAUUUGAACUGCUAUCACGCUGGAUCAAGUCAAGAACAAUAAUGGCCGGCAGUCGUAGACGAGACCCGCACACGUUCCUCAAGCGCUGGGUCGUCCUCUCCAUCCUCAUCGUGCUCGGGCUCUUCACUGUCGUCUAUUUCCUCAUGCACUGGGGCCGCGCCGCCGCGGAGUCGGACCCACUGCUAGACCCUCGGCUCAAUCCGAACAUCAGAGUCAACGACGAGUCUCAAGACUUGCAGCCACGUUGAAGUGUCGACCAUCGCAUGGGUUUGCGUCUUUGCUGAAAAAUAAAGAGCUUGGGAAAUGAGGUAGCAUCGGUCUGUACAUUUGGACUGGCCAAUGCCACCUUAAGUGUGUAUAUAGUAAAGGGGUCUUGGUAAGCCUAUCUGCGGUGUCUUUUGGGCAGGUAGUUGACAGUGCUUUCAGCGAGCGUGUGUGUGCGGUCGGCGGGUUAAUAAAAUGCGAUAAUCUGAGCAUGGUUGCCUUAGGUGUCGAUUCUGGGCCAUCUACAGUGGGCACGCUGAACAACCAUUCACUCAAGUUGUAUUCAAGCCAGUGCUUCCAACGUUGCUGUGUCAUGGCUGUGAUGCAAGAUGUAUGCACCCUUUAUGUGGGGACACUUCUCGCCUUGCUUGUGAGGUGCGUUCUACCAGGCGAAAUAGCAGCAUGCGUGCAUCAUUCCAGUGUUGGCAGAAGAGAUCUACCAGUGGGAAGAUUCGGCUCCAAAGCAAAAAGAUAUUUUCUAAAACAUUGCUACGACGACUGACAUGCUUGGCAACAAUGCCAGCCUUUGCCGCAAGUUUUUUGCUUGCGGGAAAAUCUCUCCGAGUUUCCAGUUGUAGUUGCUAGCGCACCAUAGCCACAUUCGUUUGCUAAGAAAUCCAGAUGUCCCGAAAAGCGCUGAUUGCUAGGGCAACCCUUUUUUGUAUCGAAGCUGCAUUGUCCCACCGAUAGGUAUCCACUGCCUCAUUGGACCGAUCAAUGCACGUCGUCUCACGAGUGUCGUCACUGAAAGAGUGUAUAUUCUGUUAAAUGUCACAUAUUGUGUUGAAGCUUUUGUGCACACAUGUGUGCCGUGCCUUGUGGAGGAUGCAGCAAUUUUCUUUUUCAGUGAUAAGCUCUAAACCUACGUCAAAAUUUUUAUAAUUACUACAGCACUGUAGCAAUUAUGAACUGUUGCCAAUGAGCUCAAUUCCACUGUACUUGAAAACCUAAACUUUGUUGUCGGGUUUCGAGUCUUUUGCAGACAAGGUCGGUAUCCGAAAGCCAUCGCAAGAAAGAAGCAUGGUAUUUGAUGGCUUCUCAUAAUGAUUAAAAGCAGAUAACUAAACUAAUUAGUAUGGAUGUGUUAAACGACCCCACAGAAGAAUACAAACAAUCCUAAUGCAUUAACACUUGUCUUCGUGCAUUAUACAAUGUCUCUUAAUCUGGCAGAAUGUCAAAAUAAUAAAAGCGUAUUUUUGUAUUCUUUACAGUUCUAUGGAGGGCAACGCACAUGCUUCAUAUUCUGAAAAUUACACCUCCACGACAAAACAGUGUUUGUAAUGGGCUGCUUUAAAAGCAGUCUCUCAAUCGAUUACGUGAACGUCGAAGUGUUUGAUGGGGUGUGCAUUCACUUCACACUUGCCAAGAGGUGUAUACAGCUGGUCAACAAUAGUUGGUUUAAUAACAUACGUGAAUGUUGGUUCUGUUUUACAUCUGCAGUCAUGGAACUGCAACAUCAAAGCUCGGAAAUUGAGCGCAUUGAGCUGUCUGGCGAAUGUUGCAUACAGUUAACUUUUAUUGCCAAGUGCACUAUUUGCCAUCUUGCUGGAUGUUAAGAAAGCUAUGUGCUUUCACUGUGACCUAUUCUUUUGCUAAUCACGAGUUAGUGCGCUUCUUGGGUAUUUUUCAAGUGUGUAUAUACGAGAUGAAAAGUUUUUCAUGUACAUUUGAAAGGGUUAGGCUUAAAUAAAAAAAAAUAAAGGCUCUGUUAUUUAUUCAAGCACAACCACAAUGUCAGAGAAUAGAGAGAAAUAAAUCGAUUAAUAAGUACCCAAGAAUUAAGCAUUUACUUGCUGUCCUUUUCAUUUAUGAACAGGUCCUAGUGGUCAAUUAUGGACAAUUUUUUGGGAGUAUGCAAGUUCUGAUAGAAUACGCCAGUGGGAGUGUGGACGUAUUGAAUGUCCAGCAACGUGCUAGUUCUAGUUAUGAAAUGUUAAAUGCCCUGCACCACAAUAGUAAUGUAUCACGCCCUUCACUUUCGCGCGCUAAAAAAAGGAUAGAAAUCAUGAACACAUCUCCAUGCCAUUUCCGGCUCGAUUUGUACCCGUUCUGCCUACGGUGUGGUCAGUACUCUAGCCACCAUAUCAGUACAAGCAAUGUUCCCUUGUUCAUGUUAUCAGUGGUGGUGCUUUUUUUUGCCUACGCAUUUCAAUAAAUGAUUUUUCAGC